UAAAUGCUAUUUAAAUAAUGUAAAAAUGUAAAAAUGCUUUAUAUUGUUACAACUGCCAUUUCUAGUGAUACAAGUGCAUUAAUAUGUUGAUUAAAAACAAAUCACAUCUGAAGUUAAAGCCACACAGGUUUAAGUUUUGCACUGUAAUGGCAGCAUGACAUCCUGCAAGGAGAUUUCUGCCCUGUUGUAGUGACUGGCAUUUUAAACCUGUUUAGAAAUUAGGAGAUGUGUGGUUAAUUAUCACUAAGAAGACAGUGAUUAAAAAAGGGAGAGCAAGCAAAACUAGAACACAGUAGAAACUCCUGGUAAGGAGUGAAACAGGGACCAGGACUGCGACAGUGAUUUUCCUGUGAAGUUUUCAGCAGGCAGACUAAUCUCAGACACACCUCAUGCUGACCUGUACACGCGUACCUCCUAAACUUUCUGAGUGACUUUUCUCCCCCCAGCCCUUUGCUUCCUCCAUCUCCCGGCAGGGCUGCCUGCAGGAUCUGGUGAUCCUGCUUCCGGACAACGCUAAGCAGCCUCCACCUCCCUCCCUUCCCCUCUUCCCUCCCCAGCUACUCACUCCCUCUCUCCCCUCAGGCUGGCAGGAUUCCUGGGGCAGAGCAUGCAAUCAGUUCGCAGGGAGCAGCCACUGCAACAGGAAAGAUGCAGAAGCACAACCAGAAGGAGCACCUCUACAAGCUGCUGGUGAUAGGGGACCUGGGAGUGGGCAAAACUAGCAUCAUCAAGCGCUAUGUCCACCAGAACUUCUCCCCCCACUACCGGGCCACCAUAGGGGUGGACUUUGCCUUGAAGGUCCUCAGUUGGGAUGCUGAGACUGUGGUACGGCUGCAGCUCUGGGAUAUUGCGGGUCAGGAAAGAUUUGGAAACAUGACCAGGGUCUAUUACAGAGAGGCCAUGGGAGCAUUUAUUGUCUUUGAUGUUACAAGACCUGCGACAUUCGAAGCUGUGACAAAAUGGAAAGAAGACUUGGACUCUAAGCUUGUUCUUCCAAACGGCAAACCUGUGCCAACAGUCCUCUUAGCAAACAAAUGUGACCAGGGAAUAGACGUUCUUAUGAACAACGGCAUCAAGAUGGAUCAGUUCUGCAAGGAAAAUGGGUUCGUGGGCUGGUUUGAAACAUCAGCCAAGGAAAAUAUAAACAUCAAUGAAGCUUCCAGAUGCUUGGUGAAACACAUAAUUGCUACUGAGAGUGAUCUAGUUCAGCCUAUUGAAACAGAUAUUAUAAAACCACACUUGAAUUCUGGCAAGAUUGUCAGCUGUUCGGCUUGCUUUAAAUCCUAAGAGACUUCCAGACUAUUCAGUUCAGCAAGAGCUGAACAACUAUAAUUCACAGUGUAUCCCUCAUCCAGAGCACUCACCCUACCCAGAUUGUCCAUAAACAGAUUUCAGUCAUCUCAAAAAUCUACUUACAUUCUUCCAUAAUUUGCGAACAGCUAAAAUUUGUUUCAAACUUUUCAUUGAUAGCAACUAUUCAAAACUGCCAUUGGUAAUUAGUCAAAUAAGACCCAUGGUGAUGGCUGUGUUUUCCUGGUUGGGUGUCACCACCAGUGAUAUCAAAACCUAUUUCUCUGCAAUGUGGUUUCUGAAAGCUCAUUUUCGAGAUGUUCCUGUAGCAAUAACUUAUUUAUUCCUUGUUUAUCCAGCACAUCCUCUCAAUUCCCUUACCAGACAACCAUCAUCAUUGCACUGUUUUGCUUCCCAUUACACUUGAAUGAUCUCUUUUUCCGUGAGGGAGAAGAUAAUGAUAAUGAAGAUAUAGGUGUUCAGGGAGAGGCAACAAGAACAUGCAAUGUGAAAUAUUCCCAAGUUCAUUCUCCUGGAUGAGUUGGCAAGGCUGAACAUGCAGCAACCAUUCAUGUCAUUCAGUUCUUUAGAUCUCAGAUUGUGAGACUGAAACUGCAGUAGUUUUUGCUGUGUCUCCCUGAAGACUUACAACAAACAAAGGGUGAUAAAACAGUGAAUCAGGGGUAGUCUCACAGGUGAUGGAGCUGACAAGUUUUAGAAAGUUUAUCUGUUCCAGAAAUCCAGCAUUUACUCUGAAAAAACUCAGUGAUUUUGUUCCUACCUCUCCAUCCCCCAUGCCGUGUAUUCCACAGGUCCCUGAAUGCAUCCCCUCCAUUACGUUGAUUCUCAUAGGAAAAUUUUUGACAAUGUAAUGAAUAAACUUUGCAGGAACACAUCUUUAUUGAACAGUAGGAUAUAUGUUUUCUGAGAACAUUCUCAGAGAAAACAAAGUUCUGUGCAUGAUCAUAGAAAUCAAAAUGAUCAUUGGAAGCAAAAUGGAACGGUCUGGAGGGUAAACACUCUUGGAGAAUUCGCAGCAUUUGUUGAGCUGCAUGCUGGAAAUGAAAUAGCUGACUUUCAGAAUCUCAUGAAAUAUGCGUGGACUCAUGCAGACAAGUGUCUGGACAAAAAGUCUUGACACUGGUUGCAGGUGCCGCAAGACAGACUUUGUCUGUCUCCUGCCACAGACAAAUCACUUCCACUUUCUUGUUCCCAUUCAGCCUAUUCCCCUCCGAGCUAUCCCCCCUGAGCUGUGAAGAUAGGUCACUGGCAAGACCUAUCUUCUGAAAUGAGUUUCCGUCCUUGGAGAUGUGUAACACCAUGGAGGAGGCAGAGUGUUAUACAGGUGUUUGCAGACAUCGCUGCAAUACUCCACAAUACUUCUUAGAGACAAAGGAGUAAAGCUCCCAGAGGCUAGCAAAUAAGUGAUGGCUAGGAAAAGCAAAACAAAAAUCUCCGUAGUGAUCUUAUGUUGUUAAACCCAUGGGGUUCCAGUGUCACUACAGCUCAGUCUGUUACUGAAUGCUCUGUUACUAUAUAGGCACUGCAGAUGAGAGCUAAGGAUGGAGAUUUGGCCCUUUGUAUGCUCUGCUUACAGCCUUAAAGUGAUACAUUUUUAUCUUAGGAUUUUAGAAUGAGAAAGCAAGCUUUGAUCUUAAAAAUAAAAAGCCACAUCCACGAUUCACCUGCACGCACACACAUAGAUUAAAAAAGCCCUAUAUAUAUGUAUGGACUGGCUUUUUUCAAGGAGAAUAACUUUCAGAUCUUGAUUUCAGUGUCAUCCUUUAACACAGGCUCCUGCUACGAUCUGGGUCAAACACCUUCCUGCCUCAGUUUCCUCAUCUGUAAAACAGGGAUUGAUGUACACACCUACCUCACAGCACUCCUUGGAAGUUACUGUUGGCACAGUGCCUUGAUAUGUUACACAAAUGCCAAGAUAUGUUAUGGCUCAGAAUGAAUUAUGAGUGCCCUCUAGCAUAAUUACAUGGUGCUGUAAUGCCCUAAUGUUUAAAUCUACCCAUGGCUUGUCUGUACUGCAACAAUUAGCUUCAAUUAUUCCACCUCAGUUAACCUGGUUGGGGUUGUAAAGCAGCAUGGGGUGCCCGGGAUGAUUUGAUUAGCUGCAGAUGUGCUGCAAAUGGAAACUGGCUGCACGGAUGCCAUGGUACUGGUUUAAUAAUCUCAGCAGCUAGGCUGUAAUUAAGAACUACUGCCAGGUCAGUUAUUUCAGAUUUAAAGCAUUAUUUAAGUCAAGCUGUAUGGAUGCCUUAGUAAGGUUAACACUUAAUUCAUACCUUCAGCUAGCACUGUGGGGAACACAAGCACCUAGGCAUAUAGAUAGCUUCUAAAAGGCUUCACGAGCCAAAACCCAUGCUUUACUUGUAAAUGUAGAUGCCUCAAGCAAAGGAAGUUGCUGUUUCUUCCCCCAAAAUUACUAUGUACUCAUCUUUAGUUAUCUUCUGAUCACUUAUCUUUAAUAGCUUUUAGGCAACAUUAAUGUUUAUGAGAGCUAAAAAGUCUGGGAUAAUGGCAAUUUUAAAAAAAAUAAACAUAAAUAAAACAUUUAGAGGAUAUAUAGUUUUUGUUUCUGAUUUUUUUUCUUAUUUUUUUCUCUUAAUUUUGAUUCAGUGCAUUUUACAAACCUGCUUUAAUCUCUGGUCUCCUUAUCUACUCCCUGUAUUUCUGUCAGAUUUUGCUGUAAUCACAGUUUUGGGCCAAAUAUCCUCUGAUAGAUGAAGGUCAGAGUUUGGUCCAUUUCUAGGCUAAACAUUAUAUGAUGUUACGUGAGACCUAAAGUCAUACAUAUUAUACUACAAGAAUAAGAAAAAUAUGAAGAAUUAAGCUUCCUUAGGAAGUUAUAUAACUCCAAAUAUUCAUAUUUAUUUGUAUUCAAGUGAUAAGAACAUGUCAAGUCUCCUUCUAUAGUGCAAUAAAUGUGUGAAUGCCACCUGGGCAUCUACUAAACAGAGCCUUUGCAGAAAGGGUGGUUGUAGGCAGGCCAGAAUGAAAGGUUUACUUUGGAAUUAAUAAGCUCACUAUGCUGAUACCUUUUCAGGAACAAACGUAAUAUUUAAUUAUACUGUGUCAAUCACAAACAGAUUGGAUUUUUAAGUUUUUUUAAUUGAUAAAUUCUAUAUUAUGCUUUCUUUGCUAAUUGUUAGGGUCUUAAUUGCAUAGCCAUUUCAAAAUGAAACAUUUUCCCCUUUUGCAAUAAAUAAUAAAAGAUAGAAUUGUAGAAUCUUUAAGGUUUGAAAAGGCCGAUAAGAUCAUCUAGUCCAACUCCCAACCCAUCACCACCAUGCCCACUAACCAUGUUCCUCAGAGCCAUAUUUACCCAAGUGGGUAAAGAUACUGCAAACUGGACUUAAAAUUCACAAUCUUUCCAAUUCUCUAUAAAACCUCAGGGUAUCCCAGCACCUAGGACCAUGGGAUACACAGCUGAUGUGCUGGUCAUGAAGAAUGAGACCCAAACACUUUUGAAAAAUGGUUAAGCAUCUCUGCUAAAGACUUCAGAUAACAACUCCACCACAUCACCAGCAGUGACGAGGUGUCUUCCACUUUCUGUCCUCAAAGGUUGCGACAAGUAGUAUCUCAUGGUCCUAAAUACAUUUAGGUGAUCCUAAAUAACUUGGAAAGCACAUACACAUACCUCGAACAAGAACACAGGAGUGAACUGCAAAUUGUGCUCUUUUAUGACUGAAAAUCAUGAUCAUUAAUUAUUUGAUCAGGUUGGAUUUUCAAAAAAGAGCCAUUUGAACACUUAUGUUUCGAGUCUUCUCAUACGCCAUUUUUAAGAUGAUGCUUUUUCAUUGAACUUUUCUGUUUGGGAAGAGUUAUUCCCGACAGUACUUCCCUUGUGAUAUUUUGUCUUCAGACUACCUCUCUCUCUCUCUCUCUCUCUGUCUCUCUCUCUCCUCUCAUUUUUCUUCCUUCUAUUUUAAUUUGACUAUAUAAAAGGGGAUGGAGGGUGAAGGGGCAUGUUUAAAGAGCAAUUUUGUUUUACUUCUUGAAACAGCAUGUUCAGCUGGCUGAAGGUCUUAAAUAUAUGAGGGAGCACAAUUUUAUGUCAAUUGCCAGCAGUCAAUGGAAAUGUAUUUUAUUGCACCA